AUGUUUAUAUUAGCGGAUGCUGCUAAUGUUGGUGAUUAAAUUACUUGUAAUAAAGGUGCAUAAUCAUGCGAUCUAUGUGCUUAAGGCUCAGCUGCAAUUUUAAAUCUUUUUUAAUUUACUGGUUCUUAUUGUUAGGUUAAAGAUUGUACUCAAAGCUCUGUUGGAAAUAACUUAAAUGGCGCAGUUUGUUCAUCUUGUUAAGAUGUACAAAGUGAUCUUACUUCGUAAGGUCCUUUUUUUGAAGGUACUUAGUGCGUUUAAUAAUGUAGUCCAGGUUUGUAUGCAAGUGAUCUUAAUGGUUAUAAUUGUUAAGUUGCAAAUCCAGGCUAGCCAGUUGAUUGCUCUCUGAGCUCAGGUUGCAAUGAGUGUGGUUUAAAUUAUUUCGCUGUAAAUUAAUUUAAUUUCGACCUAAGUUCAAAAUUGUGCAAUGUCAUAGAUUGCUCUUCUAAUGCAGCAACUAUUUUGAAUGGUUGGGUUUGUAACUCUUGCAAAUCAGCUACAGGAACUGGUAAUAUUCCUAAAGGCUAAUAUUAUGAUGGUAUUAAUAAAACUUGUGUAGAUACUUGUCCUUCAGGUUAAUCAGCAAGUUAAGAUACAUAAUUUGUUUGUUCCCCUCCUCCUAAUCCUGGUACAGAGGUAGGAUGUUCUACAGACUAGGCAACUUGUAGCGGAUGCGGAAAUAAAAAUGAAUAUUUAAGAAUAUUUAAUUAUAAACCUAGUAAUAGUAAAUGCUAUGUGAAAGAUUGUCAUGCAGCUACUAUAGGACCUUUCCUGAAUGGUUGGGUAUGCAACUCUUGUAUGUAAGCUUCAGGAGAUGGAAAUAUUCCUAAAGGUUAAUAUUUUGAUGGUACUACUUGUGUAACAAAUUGUCCUGAUGGAUACACAGCAAGUGCUUCAACAGGCUAUACUUGUUAUAAAAACCCCAAACCGGUGGCAUGUUCUAAAGAUUCUUCUACUUGUGCAGGAUGUGGGGAUACUCCUAGUCUUUAAAAUCUAUUCACUUACUCAGGUGGAAAUACUUGUACAGUUAAAGAUUGCUCUUAAAAAGCAAUAGGCGCUACUUAAAAUGGUUGGAUAUGCUAAUCUUGUAGUGCUGCUACUGGUAUUGAUCUUAUUCCAUCUGGUUAAUACUAUGGUAAAUCAUGUAUUAGUAAUUGUGGUAAAGGAUAUUCAGUAAGUCAAGCUACUGGAUUUAACUGUAUAAAAUCAAAUCCAGGUUAAUUAGUUGCCUGCUCAAAUGAUAGUAAAACAUGUAAUGGAUGUGGGUCAACAAAUGAUAUUUAGAAAUUAUUUGCUAUUGGAAAAGGGUCCACUUGUGGUGUUAUUGAUUGCUAAUCUGUAAUAGUGGGUUCUAAUUUGAAUGGUUGGGUUUGCAACUCAUGUUCAACAGCUGUAGGAACAGGAAAUAUUAAUUCAGGUUAAUAUUACGAUGGAACAAAUUGUGUAACAACUUGCCCUAUCGGUACAAAUGCAAGCAAGGAUACUGGUUUUGUAUGCUUAUACCCUCCUAGCCCAGGUGCUUCUGUUGCUUGCUCUAGUGACUCUUUCACUUGUGGAGGUUGUGGAACAACAACAAGUAUAGCAACAGGUUAUGUUGAUUAAAAUAUUCCUAAUCCUAGUACACCUGUUACAUGCUCUAAUGAUUCUUCUACUUGUGGAGCUUGUGGUUCAACAAACACUAUAUCAACUUUAUUCACUCACGGAACUGGAAAUAAUUGUUAUGUAUCCGACUGUACUGCAUCAGUAGUAGGAUCUAAUCUAAAUGGUUGGGUUUGUAAUUCUUGCAGCUCAGCUACUGGAAGUGGAAAUAUUACUACAGGUUAAUUCUUUAAUGGUACAACCUGUGUAGCAAGUUGCCCUCCAGGAUAAUAAGCAAACUUAUCUACUGGAUGGGUUUGUUAACCUAUAACAGCUAAUCCUGGAUCUGAUGUUACAUGCUCUAAUGAUUCUUAAACUUGUGCAGGUUGUGGAUUAACAAGCGAUAUUCAAAAAUUAUUCAUUCAUGGAACCUAAAACAAAUGUUCUGUUGUUGACUGCUCAGCUGCAGUGGUAGGGUCUAAUCUGAAUGGCUGGGUUUGUAACUCUUGCAGCACAGCUAAAGGGCAAAAUAAUAUAGCUACUGGCUAAUACUACAAUGGUACAACAUGUGUAGCAAGCUGUCUCAGUGGUUAAUCAGCAAGUGCAUCUACUGGAUAUGUGUGUAAAGCAGAUUCUAGCCCUGCUCCAGUCAAUAAUAAUGCAUCUCAAUCAAGCAUAAUCUGUUAUGCUUUAGUAUUUGCAAUGUUAAAACUUUUAAUUUGA